GGUACAUGCCUCACACACACACUAUCUUCAUUUGCUUUGAAGCUCUUUCAGAGGAUUUCCCAGCCUGUGAAGGAUUGUGUACAGAGGGACAUUGCCCAACCUGUAAAAAAAAGUGAAGAGAGUUUGCACAGGUUAUUUUCUCAGUUUGUGCAUACAAGAUUCUGGCUGAGGGAAUAGGAAAAAGUUCUAGAGCAAUGGCAAUGGGAAGUUUUUUGUACAAGAAGAUGCUAUGGAUUGCAUUCCUAUUACUAAUGCCAGACAUAGAGUCAGCUAAUAAUCCUGACUGCAGUGACAGACAAGAUGACCCAGCUUGCUUCGAGCAUCUUGUGGCCAUGCCACCUGUAGAUGCCAGCUGUGAUGGACCUCAGGGGUGCAAGUUGCAUUUUCUUGUUCCUGAUGAGCAACCUACUCCUGAAGAACUUAAAGAGGUCUACCAGGAAGGUAACCAAGAGUUCAAACAAACCCAUAAACAGUCUGGAACUGAAGGAAACCCCAAACCCCAAAAUCCAAAGACCAAAACUGUAGGUGAGAGGUUGACCUUGUUGGAGUCGAAUCUUCAGUCGAUGACUUCUCUAUUCCACAAGUUACAGGAAGACGGCAAGAUGAAUCUCAGCAAGAUAGAAGAUCGACUCAAUUCACUGGUGGUGCUUCUCUUGGGGAUCUUGUCUGGAUGUGAACUGCCCUGCAAUGAGUCUGUUGAAAAACUCUCUGCAUUAGAAAGUCGACGACUCAGAACCCUCGAGACAAAGGAGGAAAUGCCCCAUAUGCUGAAGAGUGUUGGAAACAUAGGAUCUGCAGCUGAAUCUUCAGAAAAACCAGAGAGAAUGUUCCCUCGAGACUGUGCGGAUAUCUACAAACAGGGAAUCAGAGAAAAUGGAAUCUACACUAUACAGCCAAUCGCAACCAGACAGCCUUUUGAGGCAUACUGUGAUAUGGUCACCGAUGGAGGAGGAUGGACUGUUUUCCAGAGGCGACAAGAUGGCACUGUAGACUUUAACCGCACAUGGCAAGAUUAUAAACAAGGUUUUGGCAGCCUACAAGGGGAGCACUGGUUAGGUAAUGAAAACUUGCACAGUCUUACUAGGCUAGGACAACAUAACCUACGCAUCGAACUUGAAGACUGGUACAGUGUCAAGCGCCAUGCCAUCUACAAAAAAUUCAAAGUUGCCAGUGAACAAAAUAAGUACAGGCUGACUGCCAGGGAAUACCAUGGCAAUGCUGGGAAUGCCCUUAGUUACAGCCGAAACUAUAACCAUGACCAUAAAUAUUUCACAACUUAUGACAGUGACAAUGAUAAUUAUUCAUCGGGCAACUGUGGCACGUAUUAUGGUUCUGGUUGGUGGUUUGACACCUGUUUGGCAGCCAAUCUAAAUGGAAAGUAUCACAAAGGACGAUACAGCGGGGUGACUAAUGGCAUUUACUGGGGCACCUGGUACAUUCUGACAGACAAGAGGACAAACCAGAAAUAUUCGUUCAAGAAAAUUGAGAUGAAAACAAGAAUACUCAACUAAAGGACUUUUCUUUCAAAAGAACUUAAAAUUUCUCCUGUUUCUAUGGGUAGAGGUGAAUUUACUUCAAAUGAUCCAGAUGAAAAAAAAUGACUAAAUAAGGGAGAGACUGGUUUUACCAAACACAUUUUUUCUUUUUGUAUUUCUUCCAUCUUAAUGGUAUAGGACUUUACAUAUAUGAAAUGAUUUUUUAUGGGUUUUGAAUGAUAGAUCAAUAAAUUAUUCAUGGUUACGUAGGCACAGACUAAUAACUGAAGACCAUAGGACAUUGUGAGCAGAAAAACACUUGGGCCAUCACUUACUGCCUAAGCCCCUGUGAUAAAUCUGGUGCAUCUUUAGUUUGUCUAGUCUAAGUUUAGAUCGACUAUUAGUUGGCUUACAAAACUGUGGAAUGUUACACCACAAUGUUGGUGCAAUUUAUUUGUGUAUAGAGUCACACACAAGCUAUGUCCUAUUUCUGCCAAGCCAUGGCCCUUAUUGAGGAGAAAAAAAGUCUCUAAAAAGUGUCUAAAACAAAAUGGCACAAU